ACAUUAUAUAUGAGGAAUAAGGAUGUCUACACUCACCCUUACCUAGCUGCUGGACGAGAGAGGGAACGGACGCGCGGGAGGAGUACAUAUGACUUUUUGCAUAUCAUUACGAAUCCAUCUACGGCACGAUCAAGCGCUGCCUUGUACUUAACAUUUAAACAUACCAAAUUCUGUUAUAUAUACAAUUUUGUGGAAGCUGAUUAUACUUAUAUCUACUGUGAACCGUCUAAUUCAUUGACGAGCCCCGAAUUGUCGAACAAGUUAUGGUGACCCCGACGUGAUGGACUGGAUCCGAAGGAAGUAUUGCCCAUUCCUUUAGUGCUAACCAUUUCCUACCUUUCAAAGGAAAUAUCGGGAUAUAAGUCGGUGAGAACUAGUGAUUUGGUCAACUACACUGCACAGCGGUUUCCAGCGGCGGCGCCGAGUUACACCGUGUCGCGUUGCGUUGACCGCCCGGUACCUAUAGUGCACAUCUGUUAUCAGCGAUAAGCUGUUCUACUCAUCAUUUACGAGGUUGGAUUCAUUUUAAUUACUUUUAACUAACAUCUUUUGUUAUUUUCGCCUGCAUUAUGACCGAAUUAAAGGACCUUUUAAAACAAAGGGCCACUCUUAGAGGCCGCGUAACAUUAUUUGAAAAGUUUUUAACGCCUUUAAAGAGUCUAGAUAGUGUAACUGAGCGUAAUAAAUUAAUAAACAAUGAAUUAAGCUUAAGAUUAUCUAAAUUUUAAGAGUUGAGUUACACUUUCGAUGAAAUUCAAAGUGAAAUUGAGGAAUUAGACUCCGAUACGUCAAAACAGAUGGAAGAAAGGGAGCAAACGGAAAACCAGUUCUUCCAUUUGAUUGGCACCGCUCAAGAGUUUUUAGAUGCGUUUAACAAUAGCAAAUUAAAACAAGGAGACGAGUCUUCAUGUCGUGGCAGUUCCACAUCAAUAACAAAUCACGUUAAACUGCCACCCCUGAAAAUUCCUCCUUUCAGCGGUGAUACAAGCAAAUGGCUUAUGUUUCGAGACAUGUUCUUAUCUCUCAUUCACAAUAAUGAGAAUUUAGACAACAUAAGUAAAUUCCAUUAUUUAAAAUCAUACUUGGAGGGUUCCGCUCUGGCAGUCAUUAAUUCAGUCAGCGUUUCGGCAGAUAAUUAUCAAAUUGCUUGGUCGUUGCUCUGUGACAGGUACGACAAUAAGCGUCUAUUAAUUAACGAACAUAUUAAAUGUCUAUUUUCGAUUGAGGCGCUCUCUAAGGAGUCCGACCGGGACCUACGCAACUUAGUUGAUGCAAUUUCAAAAAAUUUAAGCGCUUUGAAGUUGUUAGGCGAGCCGACUGAUAGUUGGAGCACGCUCAUUAUUUAUAUAGGCUCAUCGAAGUUGGACUCGGUAACCGCGAGAAAUUGGGAGGAACAUCGAAGCAAAUUAGAAACCCAUACUUUGGAGGAUUUUUUCAACUUUCUUCGUCAAAGGGCCACUGUAUUAGAAACAGUCUAUGCCGCUAAAACUUCAAAUAAUCAAAGUUCUAACAAUAAUAAUAAGGUUGAAAAUCGUCACAAUUUUAAUAGGUCGAAAUCAUUUAUUUCUUCUUCGCUCGAUUCACAUCCCCGUGGUUGUUGUUUGGCCUGUAAACAAGAUCAUAAAUUAUAUGAGUGCAACAAAUUUAAAUCAAUGUCUGUGGAAGAACGAAAUGCAAAGGUCUUUCAAUGGAAAUUAUGUAGUAAUUGUUUACGUAAUGAUCACCAAUCGUACCAAUGCCGGCUCGCAGGUUGCCGCAUCUGUAAAAGAAGGCAUAAUACUUUACUUCAUAAAACAAACAACUUGCCCAGCGGUUCGCAGCCGCACCAAUUGCAAUCAUCAUCAUCAUCAUCAUCACGACAAGAUAUACAAAAUAACGUAGAAUCGUCUACGUCUACAUCCUUGCCUACCACGUCAACUUCUAACGUUGACGUACCUACCAAUGCUACUGAUAACGCAUCUUCUUGCCCGCGUCCGGUAAUUACUCUGUCUGCUGGCUCCUCAGGCCUGGCUCUUCAUUCAACGGCUGUGGUUGAGGUGUCAAACAAUGGCAACACAAUUAAAUUGCGCGCUCUUCUAGAUAACGGUUCGCAAUCUUCAUUCAUUACGGAGGCGGCGCAAGCUAAGUUAGGAUGCCCUAAAAUUAAAAAAUACAACUGCGUGUCCGGUCUUAAAAUGCAACCGUAGGCAUUGCCGAACACUGCAACGUACAGAUAAGGUCUACUUAUACCUCAUUUACUACAAAUGUUAAAUGUUAUGUCCUAUCAAUUAUAACCGACAUUGUUCCUCAAACUGAGAUACGGGUUGAUGAACUAGAUAUCCCCGGCCACAUCCAACUUGCUGAUCCAGACUUCUAUCGCCCUGGAGAUAUAGAUAUGCUUCUAGGUUUGGAUAUCUUCUGGGAUGUCCUGGGUACUUCUCAAAUAAAACUCGGACCAAAUAAACCGAUCCUUUAAGAAACUGAGCUCGGAUGGAUCCUUGGUGGCCGCAAUGGGGGGAAAUGUGCAAAACGUCCCGUCCUAGCAAAACUUAUUGCCAUUUCAGUCAGGACAUACAACAGCAACUUGUGAAGUUUUGGGAAAUAGAAGUGGUUCCUAAAAACAAACCUACGUCAAACAGUGACGAACACUGCGAAACCCUUUUUCAAGAAACCACACAGCGUGAAGAGGAUGGCAGAUUUUGUGUUCAAAUACCUCUUUGCGAUUCACCAGAUGUCUUAGGCGACUCAUUUAAAGUAGCUGAACGGCGACUACAUCAGAUGGAACGUAAAAUGAAGCAAAACUCAGAAUUUAAACAAGAGUAUACAA